AUGUCUUUCACAAACCUUGGCUUGAAUCUCGCUGCAUUGUCUUCCGUGGACACUUGGUUUCAUCUCAAGCGAGUCAUUCUUCAAAGUGCGCGCAAUACCAAGAGCAGCGAAGAUGUCUUGAUCCGACAAAGUGAUAACAUCCCGUCGUAUCCGUUCAAGCUCUUCCCAAGCGAUAAGCUUCUUACUUGGACUCCACAAACCGUUGUUGAGAUCACGUUCUCUGAUGAUCAACUUUCAUCGGGCACUGUCAACUCCGAAGAAAAUUAUGAUACUGCAUUCAAUUCUUUAAACCGUGAACAUGGCACGAUUGCAAUCGAACUUCUCACAUCGCCGGCUAGCUCGGUAUCAUUGGAGAGUUUAUCCUGCUACUCCUCCGAUUCACAAGAAGAAAUCAACAAUGAAUCUGAAAGCUCCUUUGAUUCUCUGUUCGAAGACGAUUCCAUCGAAAAUUCUUCCAUCUAUCAAAAUGUCAACUCAGUACGCACGCCUAAUCCUACGGAUACUGUACUAGCUGAGGAAAAGGCACUACUUGAGCCAAUCUCACUCGAGAAUCAGUCGUGGAAUGAACGCAUCAACUACCUUGCUACUGAUGAAGAAUGGGACGACCAUAUCGACAAAUUAGCAAAGGAGUUUGAAAAGGAGAUGGGAUUUGACUCUGAGACUGAGACUGAAUGUCUUUCAUUCGACAAUAACAUGACCAGGAUAUCAGCUGCGUUUGAUUGCGACAAAGAAGAAGUUGAAGAUGGAGAGUUUGAGGACAUAUUUCUAUCACCAGAAUGUUCUGAAGGAGAGGAAGUCAAUCGGUCUUUUGAUUCUUUAUUUGACGGUGAAGAUAGCAUGAUGGAUGAAUUUGAAGACUCUGUUGAAAGUCAAGAAACAAGCCAAGAAUUUAAUAAUAUUUUCAAAAUAAGUGAAGAAGAAAAACAAGAAUAUCAAUUAUUAUCUUUACAAAGACACGCAAGAGCGAUUCGAAGAAACCCACACCUUUUUCAUCUUUUCCGUUAG